AUGGCCAAAGGAACCGAUUCCAACGAGUUUAUGGUUCAUUCUAGGGUUCGAACUGGUCUCAAGAGAGAGUUUGCGUUUGCAAUGAAGGCUCAAUCUGAGAUCGACGGUUCGUUAGGUCGAACCCGUGGUGGUAGUAAGAACCGGAAUGAGCCGCCGGUUCAGGUUUCUCCGGUUGGGAAAAGGGCCAGGAAAACCGGUUCGGGGAAGAUUGUUGAGGAUGUGGGUGGUGGUGGGUUGAGUGAGGAAGAGGCUAAGAGUGAUGUUGUGGAUCUUGGUAGCGAUGAUGAACCCAAGAAUCUUGCUGGGGAAUUGGAAUCGGUUUUGAAUGAACCUAGGGUAGAUAAAAUAGAUAUUGAAAUAGAAACUGUUAAACCUAAUAUUUCUGAAACCCUUGAAACCCUUGAGGAACCCAGAGAGGAAAAUUGUAAUCUUGGUGUUAAGGGUGGUAAUGUUAAGAAAAAGAAGGUACCUUUGGAGAAAACAAUGAGGAGGUUUACGAGAUCAGCAUUGAAGGAAAAAGAUGAGGAAACUAAGGUUUUGGAUGAUAAUGUUGUUGGAAUUGAGGAUGAUCUUGUUGAAAGGGAAAAAACCGAGGUUUUACCUGUUAUGGCGACUCCGACGCCAAGAAAAUUGUGUAAAUCUUCUGUGAAGAGGUUUCCUAUUAAGCUGAAAGAUCUUAUGGCUACAGGGAUUCUUGAGGGGUUGAAGGUGAAAUAUGUCAAGGGGCAGAAGGCGCGUAAACCUGGAGAAAAAGAUUUUCGAGGAGUGAUUAAAGAUGCUGGGGUUUUGUGCUUUUGUGAUAGUUGUAAGGGGGUUCAGGUUGUCACGCCGACAGUUUUUGAGUUGCAUGCUGGUAGUGCUAAUAAACGUCCUCCGGAGUAUACUUACCUUGAGAAUGGAAGAAACCUUCGCGAAGUCAUGAAUGCAUGUUCAUGUGUUUCGUUGGACAUGUUGGAUGAAGCUGUCCAAAUGGUCCUUGGUGAUUUCACUUUGCAGCAAUCUACUAUUUGUUUCAACUGCCGAGGGUUAAUUUCUGAAUCUAGUAAUGGUGUGUCAAAACUAGUAUGCAAUUCAUGCAUGGAGUUGAAAGAUACUCAAGCUAACCUCCAAGCAGCUACAUCAUGCAGUAAAAAUAUUUCCACCGUAGUUCAACCCAGUUUACCAGAAACAGUAGCAGUUUCAGAAUCAUUAAAUACUGAGAAGGCGGUUCCAAAGUCAUUAAAUACUGAGACGGUGGUUCCUAACUCAUCAAACAAUGACACGGUGGUUCCUAACUCGUCAAACACUGACACGGUGGUUCCUAACUCGUCAAACACAGACACGGUGGUUCCUAACUCGUCAAACACAGACACGGUGGUUCCUAACUCGUCAAACACAGACACGGUGGUCCCUAACUCAUCAGACCCCGAGAUGGUAGUUUCAGAGUCAUCAAACUCGCAGAUUAUUCCAAAGGCAUCGAACACUGGCAUGAAGCAGAGUGCAUCUCGUGGCAAGAGCCGGGGAAAAAUAACUAGAAAGGAUCUACGGUUGCAUAAGUUGGUAUUUGAAGAUGACGUGUUACCGGAUGGAACUGAAGUAGCUUACUAUUCUCAUGGAAAGAAACUAUUGGUCGGUUACAAAAAGGGAUACGGAAUUUUUUGUACCUGUUGCAAUGCGGAAGUCAGUGCAUCUCAGUUUGAAGCACAUGCUGGAUGGGCAUCUCGACGCAAGCCUUACCUGCACAUAUAUACCUCUAAUGGAGUCUCGCUACAUGAGUUGUCCCUUUCUCUAUCGAAAGAUCGUAGAUUUUCUGCCAGUGAUAAUGAUGACCUUUGCAGCAUAUGUCAAGAUGGAGGGGAUCUUUUGUGUUGUGAUGGAUGUCCAAGGGCUUUUCACAUAGACUGUGUGCCUCUGCCAUGUAUUCCUAGUGGUACUUGGUAUUGUAAAUACUGCCAGAAUAAUUUCCUGAAGGAGAGUAAUGUGGAGCGCAAUGUGAAUGCUCUGGCAGCUGGAAGGAUUGCAGGUAUCGAUCCUUUAGAACAGAUUAACCGAAGAUGCAUUCGCAUUGUCAAAAGUGUAGCUGUUGAUCACGGGGGAUGUGCCUUGUGUGGAUGUCAUGAUUUCGUUAAAUUAUUUGGUCCUCGAACAGUGAUUAUUUGUGAUCAGUGUGAAAAGGAGUAUCAUGUUGGGUGUUUGAAGGAACAUAACAUGCAGAACCUAGAGGAAUUGCCUGAAGGGAAUUGGUUUUGUAGCACUGGUUGCAGUCAAAUUCAUUCUUCUCUAGUGAAUUUGGUUGCUUCUGGGGAGAAUUAUCUCCCUGAUUCUAGUCUAAGUUUGAUCAAAAGGAAGUGUAAAGAGAAAGGUGUAGACACUGGCGUCAAAGAGAAAGAUGCAAACACUGGCGUUGUAGAUAAAGGUGCAGAUGCCGUUGUUGUAGAUAAAGGUGCAGACGCUGGCGUUGAAGAGAAAGGUGCAGACACUGCCGAUGAAGAGAAAGGUGCCGACACUGUUGAUGAAGAGAAAGGUGGGUUAGAUACUGUUGAUGAAGACAAAGGUGGGUUAGAUACUGUUGUUGAAGGUGUAGACCCGAACGUCGAAGAGAAAUGUUUAGACACUGAUGUUGGUCCUGAAAUUAAAUGGAGGGUUCUGAAUUGGAAAUUAGUUGUAUCUGAUGAAAAUAAGCAAUUGUCUGACGAAUAUAGGCAAGUGCUUUCGAAGGCUGUUUCCAUCUUCCAUGAGAGGUUUGAUCCUAUAGUUGAUUCUUCUUCUGGCCGCGAUUUCAUUCCGACAAUGCUGUUUGGAAAGAACAUUCGCGGACAAGAUUUUGGUGGAAUGUACUGUGCAGUGCUCACUGUCAAUCAAGUUGUUGUUUCUGCUGGAGUAUUUCGUGUUUUUGGGCCAGAAGUCGCUGAACUUCCCUUGGUGGCGACAGUUGCUGAGUACCAAGGACAGGGGUACUUUCAAUGUCUAUUCUCUUGUAUUGAGAGACUACUUGGACAUCUUAGCGUGAAAACGCUUGUCCUACCGGCUGCUGACGAAGCUAAAUCAAUAUGGACCAACAAAUUUGGGUUUACAAAGCUCGAGCACGAUGAGAUCAACAAUUACAGGAGAUUUUAUCAUAUGAUGAUCUUUCAAGGGACCUCAGUACUACAAAAGCCUGUUCCUGGACUACCAAGUGCUUCUCAGGAGAAUGUGUAA